AAUAAGACCCAGAGGAUAAUUAAAAAAUUUUAAUUGUUUAAUUAGUAAUUUAUUUAAAAUGGAAUCAAUGAAUUAUUAUUGCAAUAAAUGUUUUUUAUUGAUGAAUAGCAAUGCCCCGGCAUUUUUUUUGACACAAUGUGGACAUAUUUAUUGUCACAUAUGCAUUAGCAAGAUCGGUGAUCAUUGUCCAUCAUGUGAUAGCACUGGAGUCCAAUCAAUGCAAUUGAUAGCACCGUUACCACCGUCUAUUUCCAAUAUGUUUACCCCAUUGCCGCAAGUUUAUGAUCAUUUGGGAUCUAUCGUUAAAUUUCAGUAUGGACAAUUUGUAAUUCUUACUGCGCAAGCAGAUGCAUUGAAUAAAAAAUACAAUUCAUUAAAAUCUAUUUAUUGGGACUUACGUAAACGUACCGAACAAAUGAAGCAAGAGUUACAUGAGAUUCAAGAAGAAUACAAUAAUGUAAAAGCCGAAAAACAGUUCGUCGCUCAUCAUCAAGCAACUAUCGCUAAUAACCCACAAAAUCAAAAAUACGCAAAUGUUGGAAAUUCAUAUCAAUAUCAAAUGAAUGCUAAUCCUGCGCAAAAUUACUCACACAACGCAUCUCAUCAACAAAUUCCACAUCCUCAAAACUUCCAGUAUUCUAAUGAUGCUGGAGUUGCAUAUGGUGGAUAUAAUACUUCAGAUGAUUCAGAUUCUACUGUGUCUACUCUUCGAGGAUCUAUUCCCGAUACACCCGUUACUCCUGACGGUGUUUUUCGUAUUCCAAACAUAAGAAAAGCACCAAGAUCCAAAAAAUCGAAUUAA